UCGACGCCAUUUUGAAACGUAGGGUAAAGUAGUGAGCGUCACUCGCAAUAACGAAGUAGAUAACUGAUUUAUCAUAUUUUAAACAACAAAAAUGAAAACCUACAGCCGGAAGAAAUCCGGAGAAGCUCAAGAUGUGAUCCUCGACUUGAACGAACUGUGCAGAUUGUGUAUGGCGAAAGAGGACGAAUUAGUGCCCAUUUUCAACAAUGACGAAGCCAUCCCUCUCACCCUCCGCAUCAUGGCUUGCGUCUCGCUCGAGGUCUUCGAGGGCGACGGCCUCCCCAACAAAAUCUGCCACCCCUGUAAAUUCCAGCUCGAAAAAUCCUACAACUUCCGCAAAAAAUGCGAGAGCUCCGACAUGAAACUCCGCCAGCACCUGCGCAGCCUGCAGGCGAAGAUCGGCGACGUCGACCUCACCGCGAGCGAAGACAACGACAACUCCAAUCCCGAGGAGAGCACGAGCGAAGAGAAGCAAGACGACGUGGAGAACAAGGAGGAACCGAGCACGGAGGAGGACCUCGUCGGCGUGGCGCAAGUGGCGUACAUCCAGCCGGACCCCGAGCCCGAGGACGACCCCGAGAGCAUCACCCUGCCCGCCGACGCCGAACUCGUCAACAAGGACGCGUGCACGUUAAAGUCGAUGAAGCGGGAGGUGAUGGAGGUGGAGGAGAACGAGGGCGAGGGGAUCAUUUUCGUGGACGAGGGCGGGCAGGAGAUGGAGGACACGAGUUACGACGCGAUCGCCGAUGCCGUCAAGGCCACGCUCGCGACACAACCAGACGUUGCUCGUCCUACAGGCAAAGCAACGUACAGUUUGUUGCCGGAAAAAACAAAGAAACGAUACGAAGUGUCGUACGUUCACUUCAAAAACUGGUGCAAGAAGCAAGGAGCUAAAGAAAUAACGGAGAACGUUCUUCUCGCAUACUUUGCCGAGAGAUCCGAGCACUUGAAGUCUUCGUCGCUGUACUCGGAGUACUCGAAGAUCAAAACGUCACUCGCCGUACGAAAGGAAGCCAAUAUCGCGGUGUUCACAAAGGUGACGCAGUUUUUGAAAAACAAGUCGAUUGGUUUUUGUUCGGAGAAGUCGAGGACUUUCUCGAGGAGUCAAAUGAACGCCUUCCUCGCCGAAGCACCGGACGACAAGUUUUUGAUGAUGAAGGUGGCGUUGAUUUUUGGCGUUGCCGGGGGCUGCCGCAGAGAGGAGUUGGUACAGAUGACGCUCGACAACAUCCAAGAAAUCGGAGCGAGUUUAGUAGUGAAUGUACCACAGAUUAGCACACACAGAAAGCGGUUUUUUAUUAUCGAUAACGUGAACGAGGAAGUGGAUAUGAUCGAUAUUUAUAGAAAAUACGCGGCAUUGAGGCCCCCACAUACCAUCUAUAGACGAUUUUUCAUGUGUUAUAAAGUCGGGAAGUGCACGAACCAACUAGUCGGGAUUAACACGCUCGGGCGAGUCCCGAGUCAAGUCGCUAAGUACUUGAACUUAGAAAGUCCGUCCAGUUACAACGGGUACUGCUUUAGACGGACGUGCGAUUUUUUGAAAAGGAGCGGCGGCUGGGCGUCGAUAACGAUGGCCGAAGGUCAUUUUCCGGAAAAGAAGUCGGGACAAAGCGAAAUGGAAGUUGAAGAUAGUUCUGUGGAAGAAGACGUGAAGAUUGAACUACAGGACGCUGAGGAUGUUCUAACGCCAAAAAAUUCACAAGGCGGCUUACAGUUACCAGUACACAUAAAAGAGGAGAGGUUGAAUACUUGAUGAACGAGUACUCUGGAGUCCGUUUUGUGUUAUUGCAACCACAAUGUAAAUUGGUGUUGUUUUUGUUGAAUGAUUUCACACAACGAUGGAAAAAAUUUGUGUUUUCGUCAGAGUUCAAAAACGAGAGUGCACUGAAAACUAUACUGUGCGCGGAUUAUAGAACAAUCGAGAAGUUUACUGCACGAAUUGCACACACUUUUUUUCUACAAAUUUGACUCAUUGAAAGAUGGGUAGAUAAAGUGUGACUAUAUUGAAAAUCUUGUCACCAUGACUUCAAAAUUUGUAAAUAUAGUGUCACUGAAACUGAAA